AUGAUUGCUGCAAUAGAGGGUGACGGGUCAUCUGGUGACGAUGUCGUCAUAGGAUACGGUGGCGGACCACCAGAUGACGGUGCUGCCACAAGAGGUGGUGACAGGCCACCAGAUGAUGGUGCUGGUUCAAGAGACAGUGGCAGGCCACCGGAUGAUGGCGCUGCUUCAAGAGAUGGUGGCGGGCCGCCAGAGGGUGGCGCUGCUUCAAGAGAUGGUGGCGGGCCGUCGGAGGAUGGCGCUGUCGGGAUGUUGGUUGCUUCCAAAGACGCCAUCGGGUGUAUUGGGCUAUGCGGUGGUUCCGAUGGCUCACCCGUCGUCUUCUUCGUCAUGCGUGGUUAG